UGUUUCACUUAUUUACACGUGUUUCAGGAUGGCCCCUACGGAAACGAAGGCCGCCGCACCGGCAAAAAAUGUUCGGCAGCUUCGCAAGGAGCGCAAGAAGACGCCUAAGGUCAGCAAAUUCCCGACCAGCCUGCUGGCCAGCGGAGUGUACCGUGUCGUGCGCCGUAAUUUGGUCAAAACCCGCAAGCCUCGCAAGUCGGAUCCGGAGAAGAAGAAGAAGCCCGUUACUGUUGUGAAGAAGAUCGGCGGGGCCAAGAACGGAAACGAGCGCACGGUUAACCUGCGCAAGAACAAGGCCGAUCUGCCGACGAAGCGCUUCGUGAAGAAACGCCCGGCCAAGAGCUGCUUCCGCAACCACAAGCGCAACACCCGCCAGUCGCUGAAGCCCGGCAAGGUGCUGAUCCUGCUCGCUGGACGCCAUAAGGGCAAGCGGGUUGUACUGCUGAAGGUCCUGCGCACCGGACUGCUGCUUGUGACCGGCCCGUUCCAGGUGAACGGCUGCCCGAUGCGUCGAAUCGCGCAGAACUACGUCAUUGCCACCAAGACGCGCGUGAACCUGAAGAAGCUGAAGCUGCCGUCGCAUAUCAACGACCGGUACUUCCGACGGGUGCAUCCGAAGAAGGACUCACGCACCGAGCGGGACAUUUUCGCGAAGAAGGAGUUCAAGUACGUGCCGACGGAGCAGCGCAAGGCGGACCAGAAGACCGUCGAUACCGCCGUAUUGGCAGCCAUCAAGGCCCACAAAGAAGGAUCCCUUGUGUUGCGCUACCUUAAAUCGAUGUUUUCGCUGCGCACUAACAUGUAUCCCCACCGCAUGAAGUUCUAAGUGUGGCGGCAGCAGCGACGGCGGCAGAUAGUGGAGCAUGGUGUUGUCAUGGAAUCCAUCCGCAGAAAACACGACCGGACGGGUCAUGGCUAACGACCGAUCGACGGUGAUGCUGUGCCCAUGUAAACAAGUGCGACCGUGUUGCGAUGGUACCGGAGGCGCAGAAUAUUUACUCUUUAACAUCCCACAGCUGAAGGUGUGUCAGCGCUAUGAAAAAAUAAAAUUUAAAGAUUGUCUCUUUAAAUCAGAA